UCAAUUUUUAAUUUAAUUUUUGGUAUGGAGUAAUCACGUAAUUAGGUUACAGCUUUGUGAAGGAAAUUUAGGAAAAAAAUAGCACUAAUGGAUUUUUAUUGUUGUAUGUUUCUAAUUGAACUAUAGCAACUAUUGUUUUUGGAAAAAAGUGUGGAAGGAUAAGGGGCAAACAUUGAAGAAAAUGACGACAACUCUGAUUUAUUAGUAAAUAAAUAAAUCAGUAAACUCUAUGGACGCAAUAAAUCUAAACCAACGAGAAAACAAAAUGAAAUAACUGAUUUGUUUUUGCUUCGUCUGAAUAAUAGAUUGAAAUUUCUGAAGAAAAAUAAUUGAAUGAAACAUCAACAAAAUAGGUCAUUGAAUUUACUUUCAUUGUGUUCAAAAUUUCUACAUUAACAUGAAUUUGUAAAAAAACUUUUUGGAAUGAAGAAGAACAUUGUACAACCCCAAAAAAUAUUGAAAGAGGCACACACAACUUCCACAAACUAUGAAUUCUCCUCUUUAUGAUGAUGUUUGCCAUUUGAACAAUGAGUUUCAUACAAACCAAAGUGGCAUCAACUCAAUUUUACAAAGUAGAGAAGACUUUAUAAAUAAAAAUUGUUAUGCUAACAAACUUGAUGCUUCUACAACAAAUCUUACAAGUCCACAUGAUACAGUUGGAAGUGUUUUGGGAUCUGCUGAAGAUAAUCUCAUUAUUGGAAAGAAAAGGGACAUUGACAUACAAAAAUGGAUAGAUAGAAAAAUUGAUUCCAAUUUGAAUUUGUAUGAUUUGGAAACAAAAAAUUCAAAAGGAGAAUUAAAUACACAUUUUGAAGCAUAUUUCAAUGCAAAAUUCCACGACAAAAACCCAACUUCUCUAAGUAAUGCCAAAAGAGGAAACAAAAUUCCACAUAAGAAAAGAAAUGAAAUCAAACGUUUGGAAUUUGUGUUAAAAAACUUGAAUCCAAAUUAUGUUUCUAUGGAUUCCAUUCAUGGUAAACACAAGUUUAUUCAUGAUCAUGAAAAAAAAAUCUAAUUUUGAACAUGAAUCUUUACAUGAAUCAACUAAUAUUUCUACAAGUUAGGAAAUAAAAGAUGACAAAGACAACAAUGAAUGUCACAAUUGGGAAACAUUAUCAACCAAGUUUUGUGACUAUGCAGGUGGAUUUUGUGUAGAUGACCUUGGAACGUUCAACAAAAGUUGUAAAAACAAACCAUUGCUAUCAAAUUCAAUUUUUUUAUCAAACAAUCACAAAAAGCAUGAAAUUGUUGAAACCAAUGAUUUGAACCACACCAAAGUUGGUGAUUUUUUGAAUCCCACAAAUAAACAUAAAUCCAAAGGAGCCAAUAUCGUGCCUAUUCACAUUAAAAGUAAAGUAAAGUUUGCAAAGAAAUUCUUUUCCAAUUCCAUUAGUAGUGUACAACCAUUUGAGCAAGACAAUUUGGAAGGUUCCAUAAGACAGCCAUGUUUAAAAGUUGAACAACUUUGUGCAGCUGAUGAUAAUGAUAUUUUUUCUUCUAUUAGUUCCAAAUCUAGUUUAAAUUCAACUUUGUCACAAAAAGCAUUUAAAACCACAUUUAAAAAACCAAAAAAACCCAAAAAUGUUAUAAUGAGUAACAAGAGUACAAAUUCAAAGUUUAUUGGAUUUGAAGAAUUACCCAAAGCAGCAAAAACAUAUUUUGAAAAAAUCUAUGAGAGGAAUACUCAACGACUUUUAAGUUAUGGAAAGGAUGAAACUACAAUACUUCAGUUAAAACCAAUUAAUUCUACAAAAAAAUUAGAAAAUGUGUACAACUUAGAUCAUGAUCCACAAGUUAAAAUGGAAAAAGGUGCAACAGUCCAAGUUUCAGAAAUACCAGUGAAUGAAAAACUUUCUUUGAAGCGAUUUCAAGAAAAUGAACCAAUUUCACAAUUACUAAGUGAAGUCAACAAUGCACAUGAAGUACAACCCAAACCGAGACAAAGAUCACACAAAGACAAAAUACUCCGAAAUAUGAAACUUGGACCAGAUGCUCGUUAUUUCAAACUCACCGAAGAACAAGAAGCAUUUGUGGAACAAAUUUUGGCCCAACCAGAUGUUGAUAACAUAUUAAAUGAAGAAUGCAGUGUCGCAUCAUUUACUUCGACCGGUUAUGAUUUUGAUGAUGAGGAUGCAAAAAGGAUAGCUCAGAUCAAUGUUGAAUUAGAUCAACUCCAACACCAAACCCAUAAUCCAAUCACUUCAUCAAGAGGAGAAAGUUCAAGAGUUCCCUCUGUAUCAACAAAACAAGGAAUGGAUACAGCGAGGACUGAGAAAUGCUCGAAACCAAGCACCAAUAAAUUUCAUGACAUGAUGUCGAUUUCAAACUCGGCCAACACCAGCGACAUGAGAGUUAAACACUACUUGGAGGAUCAACGAGUGCGUAGGGAAGGCCAAGAGCGGAUUGAGGAAAUUAACAAGACCCUAGGAGAGCUUGAACGCAUGGAAUUUCCAAAGCUGACGGCACAAGAAUUGGACGCAUUGAUCCUCCAAUGCAAGUAUGAACAAGGGAUAGUAUCGACUGAUCCAUCGCAAUCCACAAUUCAAGAAGAGCACGAACUCGUACCCAAGUCUCUGCAUCAAUGUGACCCACUUGUGAUUAAGUUCCAAGAUCACCUUCGAGUGGAAGCAAGCGGCACAGUCCACUCGAAUCAACACAACGCAGCUUCACUUGUACAAAAUCACCUCGCAACGACCUCACGUGUUCAACCUCGCCCACGCGUUCCAGCUCCCGCUUAGAGCAAGAUUCACUCAGUCCUCUCAAGCGCAUCAAUUCACAUCGUAC